UUCCAGGGACAGAAAUAACCUAGUAGGCACCCAUCCCUGUCUUCUGAAUUCUUGAAAGUUUCAUGUGUGUCUGGAAGCCUAUUGGCCUGGGGUCUGUUCACCCAAAGGCUGUUCAUGGCCAUCUUGGGUACCUCUUUGAUGAGGGAAGGGAGUGUGGGAGCUCCAAAAGGAUCGUCUUAAGUGUAGUGGGAUGUUUGUCCUCGGAGCAGGAUGCUAGAGCACCCGUGCAGCAUAUGCUGGCUGGUGGGAGUGCCUGUGCAUGCCACGCUGCCCUUAGGGGUGGUGCACCUUCUGGCCUCAGGCACGAAAGGCAAAACCUAGGCUGGGUGGACAAAGUAGUGAGGGCCUGCCUAGAGCAGAGGUGAGGCUUGGGCUCUGUCUGCAUCUUCAGGGUACUUCCAUCCUUCUUCAUCUAAGGGAAACCUGAGCCCUUCCUGGCAGACAUGCUUCUGCAGCCGCCUCCAGUGACCAGGAGGCAGGAAGAGUCUUUGAGACAGGCCUUUGAGCAGUCCAACCUAAGACUCUGUGGGACUAUGGUGCCAGUGACACCUGAUUGAACAGGGCCUGAACUUGGACACAAGGGUGUCCCUGCCACGUUCUCAUCUGAAACCCUGUGGGGCCGUCAUGUCUUGAAGGUGGCACUAAGGAGCUGAGCUACUUUGAAAAGUAACUGCUAGGUGCCCCUGGCCUGUCUAGGGUCCUGACGAGAGCUAAUGGGUGGCCCCUUCUGCCUGGGUGCCAGGUCAGCUGAUACAGAAAUGGCAGGAAAGGAGAACAACUUCCCCCCACUGCCUCACUUCCUACCGCUGAAGCCCUGCUUCUACCAGGACUUCUCUGAUGAGAUCCCCGUGGAGCACCAGGUGCUGGUGAAGAGGAUCUACCGGCUGUGGAUGUUUUACUGUGCCACUCUGGGUGUAAACCUGGUAGCCUGCCUGGCCUGGUGGAUUGCAGGUGGAGCUGGUGCCAACUUUGGCCUGGCCUUGCUCUGGCUGGUUAUCUUCACUCCCUGCAGUUAUGUGUGCUGGUUCCGGCCUGCGUACAAGGCCUUCCGAGCCGACAGCUCCUUUAACUUCAUGACAUUCUUCUUCAUCUUUGGAGCCCAGUUUGUGCUGACCGUCAUUCAGGCCAUUGGCUUCUCGGGCUGGGGCGCGUGUGGUUGGCUGGCAGCCGUUGGAUUCUUUAGGACCAGUGUUGGAGCUGCUGUGGUCAUGCUGAUCCCGGCCAUCAUGUUUUCUUUGUCUGCCCUUGUGAUGGCCAUUGCUAUUGUGAAGGUGCACAGGAUCUACCGUGGAGCUGGUGGAAGCCUGCAGAAGGCACAGACAGAGUGGAGCGCUGGUACCUGGAGGAACCCACCAUCAAGGGAGGCCCAGUUUAACAGUUUCUCUGGGAACAGCCUGCCUGAGUACCCCACCGUCCCCAGCUACUCAUCCAGCGGAGGCCACUGGCCUUAGGCGGCUGGCUGGCCCCAGUACCAUGGCUCUGUCUUCUGCCAUCACCCUCGGUCCUGAGGCCUGAGCAUCUCCCAAGGGUCCCGGGAGGUCUUUGGCCCGUGUUCAUCUCUUGCCCAAGCCCUCAGCAAGCACUGCCCAACAGCCAUUGUCCACUGCCAUCCUACCAGAGCCUGGCUGGGUUUGCCCUGCUCCCAUCUGUUAAGAGGGUAGAAACCCCCAGCCUGUGCAAGGAGAGGCCUCACCCUCUAAGCUCCUGUCCUUUGUGUUGCUGAGAUGUAUAAAGCCAAACCCCAAGCGCUUGUGUAGAUGGGUGAGUGGACAGUCAGGAGCAUGGCGGUCGUGCCUGAAUCCUCUGCUCUACCAUCCACUAUACUCGUGCUCCUCUGGGCCCUGAUACUUCCUUGUCCCAUCCCUUAUGACAGUGACAACGUGCUGUCCCCUCCACCCCCCAGGAUCCUGAGUAGACCUCUGCCCACCUGCAGGCCCUGAUCCACUUGGUUGAGGGUGCUCUGGCUGUCAGAAGACCCCCCUCCCUCUCUGUGGGCAACUGGAGGAGAGGAACAGGCUUUGCUGCCUGGCAGGCCAUACCCCCAGCCACAGGACUGCCGGGACAGAUCUGUGCCUUAGAGAGAGACCUGUGCUUCUCCCCACACCCUCUGCCUUCUCGGGGCAGCUGUGGCCUUGCCAGGAGAGCCAGACUGAGUCUUGAAAUGUCCACAGCACCUCCGAUGACACUGGACUCAAUAGUCUUCCUUGUGACCUGAUGUUAACAGCCAAGUCACUGAGUCCCCAUGCCUCCCCACAGGGCUGUGUGCCAGUAUCAUGCCAAACUGUCUGGGCCCCUGGCCUCUACCCUGUCUCAGAGUAGCAUGGAGAUAGAGUCAAGUGCCCACCAUAGGUGAUACCCUAGAGCCACCUGCAGCUCUUCUCUACCCACCCCUAGGCAUGUGCACCCACAUGCCAUAGUUGGUUUUGUUAUGUGAAAAUAUUCUGGAAAUAAAUUCUCUUUCUGCA